AGAAACCUCAAUUUGCCACAUUUUUCUCUCACUAAAACCCUCUUCCCUCUCUGUCUAUAUACUUUGCACUGUUCCUUCUCUCUCUGCGCAUAUCUUCUCCUUGCAGACUCAGUAAAAUAUUCUUGCAAAUACUAAAAUAACCCACAAAUUCUAUAAGCAAAAGGCGUGCUCUGUUUUUCGCCUUUUUUAAUAAUUCCGGUUUUUUGAUUGAUAUCUUAGCUCACGAUCUUCCAGUUUGAUUGCUGAAAUGGAGGCAAUUUAGAGCUCGACCCAUCAGACCCGUGUGGAAAAAAUAAAAAAUUAAAGUGAAAGAGCGGAAAAAGCGUGAUUCUUUGAUCAUGGCUGUGGUGGAGAAUGCCGGAGCUAACGCGAUUGCGUCGUCGAAUUGCGACAACGACGCGGUGGUUAACGGGCAGGGAGCUAAGCCGGCUGAUCAGAGUUUCCAUAAGAUGCCUAACGGCCAUCAUCAGCUGGGUGUCAAUGGAAAUGGGGGGACUUUGGAGAAGAAGAUGGAUGGGGAGGAAGAUGAUGGAGGGGAGGGGUUUAAGAGGGAUAUGCGGGAUUUGGAGGAAAUGCUGUCGAAAUUGAAUCCGAUGGCGAAGGAAUUCGUGCCGCCGUCUCUCUCCGCCUUCGCUGGUGGGCAGCACAAGCUGCUGGUGCCGCCUCACGCUGCUGCGGUUGCUGCGGCUGCGGCCGGGCAUUUUGGGUUCAGCACUAAUGGUUUUGUGAUGCAGCAGCAGGUUAACUCGGGAGUUCCCACUGCCAAUUCUUUUAGAAGGAAGAAAAAUGGCUUUGUUAAUGGAAAGCGGAGGAUGAAUAGCCGAACGAGCAUGGCUCAAAGAGAGGACGUGAUUAGGCGGACGGUCUAUGUCUCUGACAUUGAUCACCAGGUAACCGAAGAGCAACUUGCGGCGCUUUUCAUUGGCUGUGGACAGGUGGUGGAUUGCCGUGUUUGUGGCGACCCCAAUUCCGUUCUUCGCUUUGCCUUCAUUGAGUUCACUGAUGAGGAAGGGGCAAGGAAUGCUUUGAGCUUAGCUGGAACUAUGCUCGGCUAUUAUCCUGUGAGAGUGCUACCUUCGAAAACUGCUAUUGCCCCUGUUAAUCCAACAUUUUUGCCAAGGUCUGAGGAUGAAAGGGAGAUGUGUGCAAGAACUAUCUACUGCACAAACAUAGAUAAAAAGGUCACUCAAGCAGACGUCAAACUCUUCUUUGAGUCUAUUUGCGGAGAGGUUUAUCGUUUGAGGUUGCUUGGUGAUUAUCAUCACUCAACUCGUAUAGCUUUUGUGGAGUUUGUGAUGGCGGAGAGCGCAAUAGCAGCACUGAACUGCAGCGGAGCAGUCUUAGGAUCACUGCCCAUAAGAGUUAGCCCAUCUAAGACUCCAGUCCGACCCCGUGCCCCACGCCAAUCCAUGCACUGAUUGCUCAUGAAGCACCUCUUUUAAGUUAUAUAUACAUAGAAACUGAUACUUGCCAUGGUAUCUAUUAUGUGUUUUUAGCUUCUAUUUUUCCUAUGUCUGCUUCAGAUGUAUGGUUUGCCUGUAGAGUACGACUAUUUUCGAGGCUUUAUUAUGCUGCACAUUACGCUGCGUUGAGCUUAGUAGGCACUUCCCUCA